GAGGUGUGAGGUGAAGAAGAGAAUUUAUCUGGAAAGCAACUUCUUCAAGAGCAUAAAGUCAUCUCUGCAAUGUGGAAUGGUCACAAACAUCAGUUUAGGCUGGUAAAUUGCCUUCCCUGUAGAACAUCACGAGAUGAUCUGUGUUUUCAUGGCUAAUGCUGAAAGAAGAAAAUCAGGUUUGCGAAGUCUCAGUUGUAAUCGAAUGGAGGGUGAUGUAGGAUUACGUAAUGAGCAAAAAUGCAAGGAACAGUAUGAGGAGUUGGACGUCAGCAUGUUACCAGAACCAUCCUGUCAGCUGUCUGCCAGUGAAUUUUCCUGUCACUGUUGCUAUGAAAUAUUGGUAAAUCCAACUACUUUGAACUGUGGACACAGUUUCUGCCGACAUUGCUUAGCACUGUGGUGGGACGCUUCCAAGAAAAUGGAAUGCCCAGAAUGCAGAGAAAAAUGGGAGGGAUUUCCUAAAGUCAACAUUGUCUUAAGAGAUGCUGUUGAAAAGCUGUUCCCUGAUGAUGUCAAGAGACGACGGAAGGAGACGCAGAACAACAUAAAAAUCUCAAAUAGCAUUUUGGGUUUCGAGAAAUUUGGCAGUGAGCAGUCAAGAGUUGUCAACCAAUCAGCGCAAUGGCGACGAGGAGGUGGCUUUUUCUCAGGAGUACUAACUUCUCUAACCUGUGUGGCAGUAGUAUUUCUAGUUUAUCUCUGGAGCAGAGAAUCUGAACAAGAUCUUCUCGUACACAAACCUGUGACUAAAUGGACUGCAAAAGAAGUGACUCUCUGGUUAGAGCAAUUGGGUCAAUGGGCUACUGUUUACAAAGACAGGUUUCUAGAGGAGGAAGUUAAUGGAAGGUUAUUGCUUACUCUAGGUGAAGAAGAGUUCUCAAAGCCUCCUUUCAACAUUGAGAGAGAACUUCAUAGGAAAGCUAUUCUAAUGGAACUGGACAGUAAAGCACUUGGAGUCAAACCUCCCCAGAAUCUGUGGGAAUACAAGGCAAUGCAUGUAGGCAAAUCACUGUUUCUGCUGUAUGCACUGAAGAGCUCCCCACGGCUGACCAUGCUGUAUCUCUACCUGUUUGAUUACUCAGAAAUAUUUCUGCCUCUCAUCCACACCAUUUCUCCUAAGAAGACUGAGAUGACAGAGGAUGCAGAUAUUUUUCGCAAGUAUUGGUCUGAUGACAUCAGCUUGAAGCAGUGGGCUGAAUUCCUUGUGAAAUACUUCCUGAUACCGUAUCAGUUAAUUGCCGAAUUUGCAUGGGAUUGGUUGGACAUGCACUACUGGACAUCGCGUUUUAUAAUUGUCAAUGCAAUGCUUCUGUCUGUCCUGGAAGGUUUUGCGUUCUGGAGACUUUGGUCAAGAGGAGGACUCAGGACCAUCCCUCAGAAAAUGUGGAGCCAUUUCUGGAAAGUGUCAAGCCAAGGAAUCCUUGUUGCUAUUUUGUGGCCGAUAAUUCCUCAGUUUGUUUGUGACUGUUUAUUUUACUGGGCUCUGUACUUCAAUCCCAUCAUAAAUAUCGACCUGGUGGUCAAGGAAGUGCGCCGUUUGGAAACUGAACAUUUGUGACUGAAAAGGUGCUAUCACAUAACAUGCUGAAUGCAACCAAUUAAAAUUCUAGUAUUAAUAGUGUUCAUAUUUGUAAAAACACUUUUUCACAGCUUGCAGCUAGAUACUGCAGCAAAAGGUUCAGAAAGGACUAUAAUUGAAGUUUGAAGAAUUAAUGGUACAGAGACAACCAUUUCCUCCAUUUAACUGUGGUCAGAUUAAUAUUCAGUAAAUGUAUUUUUCAGUCCUCAUUACUGCAAUUAGCACAUUGGCUUUAAGUACCAAUUUGCAUAAAUUCUUAACCUACAUUUCUCAAACUUUUCCUUGCAAACUUCACUCAGAGAAGUAAUUGCUUUAUCAUUUGUAAUUCAGUAAUACUCGUGAUUCUACAAAACCACAUGCCAGGUCACAUGAAUUUUCUUGUCUCUCAAGGGCUAAGUACAUCAUGUAUCGCAAUCCAAAGUGUGGAUAAAGGGGAAAGUGUUAGUGAUAUUUUAGCACCUGUCUUCAUAAUUUAUUUACAGUUGAUUUGAACUUUUGAAGUUAAAUAAGAAAUGUGAAUUUUUGUAAUCGUUUUUGCCGAAUAAACUCUAUUUUUGCAUUUC